GGCAAUUUGUCUUUUUGCCUGUGGCGGCGUAAAUGCUGGAGCGGGCUGUGGGGCACCCUGCGAGUUUACAAUUGUUUGAGUCUCAGUCGUCAGAAGACUAGCCAACUAUUACAAAGACCUUAUCAAAUUCAGUCUAUAGCCUGACAUGUCAUCAUGACAGCACUUCAAACCUAUAAUCUGUCACAUCAGUUGACCUGUUUUUAUGUACGCAAAAGGACUGCUACUACUUGUACUGAUAAGGGCGCUAGCAGGAGAUGCCGCUGACAAUAUAGAUACCUCCAAAAAAGGCUUAUCGUUACACGCAUUUCUGCAAUCAAAGCUGGAUGCUAUCAGGGAUGUUGUUCGAAUCAAAAAUCAUGCGAUAAGGAACCACAAAGCCAACAAAUCAACAUCUACAACACAAAAAACUACCGCCAGCGCGGAGGAUCAAGAUAUGGCGCAACUAGAGCAAGUUCUAACAAACUUCUUGAAAGCGCGAGGAAACAAGGGCAAACGAUCUAAAAGAGACAAAGGUAAGCAGAGAGCAGAAAAAUCGAGUGAGCAGCAAAAAUGGGACAACUGGUCUCAGUGGUCAAGCUGCAGCGUCUCUUGUGGUAAAGGCCGAACGAUCAGAUGGCGUCACUGCCUGGAAAGUUGCGAUGGAAUCGAGACUGAGAUGCAGGAAAGAUCUUGUCAACUACCUGCUUGCCCGCAGAAAUUAUUUGGAAUUAUUAAGCUAUGAACGGAAUUUGGUUAUAUUCAAUUCAAUAAAAUAUACUAAGAGCU